AUGCCCAUGUUACUAGAUAUCAACAGAAAAUUACUAGCUAGAUCAGAUAGAGUCAAAUCGGUCGAUUUUCAUCCUACUGAACCUCAUGUUAUUUGCGGCCUAUACAACGGUCAGGUAAAAAUAUGGAACUAUGAAACUCAAACGGAUCUGAAGACGUUCGAAGUGACCGACGUUCCAGUGAGAUGUGUGCGGUACAUUGCCAGGAAGAAUUGGUUCGUCUCUGGCUCGGAUGACUUCCAACUCCGAGUGUACAACAUCUCCACGGGCGAGAAAAUCACGUCUUUCGAAGCUCAUCCAGACUACAUAAGAUGUCUUACCGUUCACCCUACGCUCAGUCUCGUUCUCACUGGUAGUGAUGAUAUGACUGUGAAAUGUUGGGAUUGGGAUAAGGGAUGGAGAUGUGUUCAAAUCUUCGAAGGUCACACUCAUUAUAUCAUGGCGCUGGCUAUCAAUCCGAAAGAUCCCCAAACCUUCGCUUCAGCUUGUCUGGAUCAUACUGUCAAGGUAUGGUCUUUGGGUAGCCCUGUGCCAAACUUCAGUCUGGAGGCACAUGAAAAGGGGGUCAAUUACGUGGAUUAUUAUCAUGGCGGUGAUCGACCGUAUCUUGUCACUACGGGUGAUGAUCGACUUGUGAAAAUAUGGGAUUACCACGCCAAGUCCUGCGUCCAGGUUCUCGAAUCUCACACCGCCAACGUUUCUUUCGCCAUCUUCCAUCCCUCCUUACCCAUUCUCCUGUCCGGCUCUGAAGACGGUACUAUCAAAAUAUGGCAUUCCUCCACGUAUCGCUUGGAGAACACUCUGAGCUAUGGCCUCGAGAGAGCAUGGUGCGUUGCCUAUCGUAAAACGGGCAAUGAGGUGGCUGUGGGUUUCGAUGAAGGUGCGGUGGUCAUCAAGCUUGGUCGAGACGAGCCAGCAGUGUCAAUGGACACAUCAGGCAAGAUUGUAUAUGCCCGUAACACUGAGAUCCUUACAGCAAAUGUAUCAUCUCUUGGCGUUGAAGGUAUGUCUUUCCUUUUGGAUUGUAUCUCGGAAUUUGGCUCCUCUCCUCACCUCGAGCUUGAGAUCGUGAGAAGUGACGCUAUCGAAGACGGUCAACGUAUCCAUGUCUCCCUGCGUGAUCUCGGUACCACUGAAGUCUACCCGCAAUCCCUCCAACAUUCCCCAAACGGUCGUUUCGUGACUGUAUGUGGCGAUGGGGAAUACAUCAUUUACACCGCUCUCGCAUGGCGCAAUAAAGCCUUCGGUCCUGGUACUUCCUUCGCUUGGGCCGGCGACUCAAACACUUAUGCCAUCCAAGAAGGUAAAUCGAAAAUCCGAGUGUAUCGAGCGUUUAAAGAACGUCCUGGGUUCAUCAAAUCUUCUGGUACGUGGGCCGUAGAGGGUGUGCAUGGAGGCACUUUGCUGGCUGCUAGAGGAAGUGGUUUCGUCAUGUUCUGGGAUUGGGAAACUGGAGCUGUGGUGCGCAGGGUCGAAGUGGACGCAACGGGAGUAAGCUGGAGUGGUAGUGGAAACUUGGUGGCGAUUACAAGUGAGGAUACGUUGUAUGUUUUGAGAUUUGAUAGGGAUGCGUAUUUGGCGGCGGUGGACGGUGGGAAGGUCAUUGGGGAUGAGGGGGUGGAAGAGGCGGUAGAAUUGGUGGCGGAGAUUUCGGAGACGGUCAAGACCUCACGAUGGGUCGGAGAUUGUUUCAUCUACACUAACUCGACCAACAGACUGAGUUAUCUCAUAGGUGAUCAGUCUCAUGUCAUCAAUCACUUCGAUCAACCCGUUUACCUCUUGGGCUACCUGCCAACUCAAAAUCGGAUCUACGUAGCGGACAAAGACAUGAACGUCUAUUCUUAUUCACUUUCCUUGACGGUGGUGGAGUAUCAGACUGCUAUAUUGCGAGGGGACAUGGAAGGGGCAGAAUCUCUCUUGCCAAGUAUACCACCCGAGCAGAGGAAUAGAAUAGCAAGGUUCUUGGAAGCUCAAGAUCUUAAAGAACUCGCUCUCAGUGUCUCUACCGAUCCCGAUCAUCGAUUCGACCUUUCCAUCUCGCUCAACGAUCUCGACACUGCUCUAUCACUCGUCCGUGCUGCUCCAGAAAUCGGUUCUCAGGCUAAAUGGAAAGUCGUCGGUGACAAAGCUCUCCAAGCUUGGCAGAUGGACCUAGCUCAAGAAGCCUACGAGAAAGCCUCUGAUCUUCCCUCUCUCCUCCUUCUUUUCUCCUCUCUCUCUGAUAGAGAAGGAAUGGAACGUCUUGCCAAACUAGCGAAAACAAAAGGUCAAAAUAAUAUCGCUUUUGCCGCUUAUUUGCAAUUGGGUGAUGCGGCAAGUUGUGUCUCCAUUCUCACUUCCACCGGCAGAUUAUCAGAAGCUGCAUUGUUAGCGAGAAGUUAUCAACCUGUUCUCAUGGGUGGUGUAGUGAAAGAAUGGAAAUCUCAAUUGGAGGAAGAAGGAAGGACGAAAUUAGCUGCUACUUUGGCAGAUCCGGAAGAAGAUGUGACGUUGUUUGAGGGGUUGGGGUUGGGUGGGGGAAAGAGUGAUGGAGAGGGUAGUGGAGUUAUGGUUGAUAAACCUACGGAAGAUGAGAUGGAGGUGGAAGGUGAGGGGGAAGUGAAGGAAGAAGGGGUGGUGGAGAAGGUAGGUAAUACGAUAGAGGGUUUAGUGGAGAAGGUACAGGAUUUGACUGUGGGAAAUGGGGAUGAACCGACCUCCCCAAAUGAAACCACCGAACCGGCGCCCGAAAUAGAGGCAGAGGUUGAAGCGGCAGCGGAAAAUGGUACAGAGGUCGAAAAAGAAGUCCCAUCUUCUAAACCACAAGGAAAGAAGAAAGGUGGAAAGAAGAAGUAG